UUCUCAAAUAACAGUUACCUCCCUUGGAUUUACAACAACAACAACAAUAUUAUCCGAAAGAAUGGACACUGGUCAGCAAGAUAAUUCACCUGUUACAGACCCAUGUGUUGCUCAAGUAACAUCUUCUGAUUUAUUUACACAUGACAAUGAAUCAGCUAAUGCAUAUGUACCAGAAAUGGAGAUGACAAGUGAAGAAACACAAAAAGUGGUAACAGCUGAACAAAAGAGAAGUGAAGAGGGGACACUAGAGAUACAGGUCUUUAGGUCCGUAGAAGAGGCGUAUUCAUAUAUAGCAAACUAUGAAAUAGCAACAAACAACAAAUUUGUGUGUAUAAGAAAAACUGGAAUUAGUAGAUCAGAUGUACAAUCAUUAGAUGAUUACCGUAUUAUCUUCAACUACACAUUUUAUGUAGGAGAUCAGAAGAAAACACUAAAUGACGGUAUGGCAACUGUGUGCCUGGGUACUGAAGAAAAAUCAUGCCAGUAUGGGCGUAAUUAUAGGAAGCCAAAGGGAAAUCGUGAUGAAAAUGCAUUUAAAAAGACAAGAAACGUUUUAAAUUCCUCUAAGAAGCUAGGCUGCCAUGCUGUUAUUCGGAUAAAGAAAGUUCUUAAAUUUCCAGACUAUAAUUUUCAGAAUACAGAAAUGAAUGAUAGAAACCGAAGAAAAAUGGUUAAAAAAUUAAGAUUAGAAUUCAGCGAAGAAACAAAGCGUUUUAUAUUGGUUUACGUUCAUAUAGAAACAAACCAUAACCACCCACCAUGUCCUGUUCAACGCCGAACAAGAUAUAUAGGCAUAAAACACAAGAUAAGUAAAGGAUGUAAAAGAAUACCUUGUGAAUAUGAUGAAUAUGUCGGUAAAGGACUUGUGCUGAAGAGAAAAUCUGCAAGUUUAAAAGGGAAAGAUUUGUCAAACUUGGCAUUACAAUUUAAAAAUGUUCAUGAAAUACCUGCAUUGAUUGCUCGACCGAGAAAAGAUCAGAAACUGGAAGAUAUGGAUAUUCAUGAGUUGAUGUUACUUUACUAUGAAAUUACUGGUCAAGUUCCAAAUGAGAUGUUUGCUAAAGCCUGUAAGCCUUUUAUAAGACAGAACCUGAUAUUGUUGCUGCACCUGUGUAUAGUUUUUGCUAAUGCUAGCAUGGAUAAACAGACACAUAUAAGUGUUCGACUUAAGGGUACAGAGAGAGAGUUUACUCCAGUAGAAUGUUAUGAUGAAGAUUGUGCUGUGGUAGACUUACACAUGCAUUGUCCAUUCUGCUCUAAAACAGACUCAUACACAGAUGUAUCACUCCUGAAGGCACAUUACACAAAACAACAUGUUGACAAAGCUUUGGAGUUUUCUGGUAUGAAAAUACUUCGGUGUUAUGAUACAUGUAUAAUUGAUGGUAAACAUGUCUGUAAUAAAACAUUUAAAGGAGGUCACUGGCAUUGUUUUGCCUGUUCAAAUGCCAUUGAAAGGCGUGUUGACUGUUUUGCACAUUACAAGAGACAUUUGAAUGACUUUGGCUCCAGUUUUCAAGUUUGUAUAGCACAGGAUGUCAAUCCAGCAUCAGCAAAUAUCACAACUACCUAUGAAAUUCAGAACACACUACAUGGUAUAGAAAUGCGCAUGUCUGAUACUGACAGUACACCAGAUUUCAGGGAUAAUAGAAUGUAUACCAUGCCAGACCCGGUCAAUAUUAGUCCUUUAAAAUAUGUUGGUGGACAUAGUCCUUCCAAGAGGUCAUACACUGAUACAGGACUUGGUGUACAUGAUGAUGUUUUAUAUGUGGAGGAAGAUGAACAUGGAAAUGUGCUGUCCACAUAUACAGCUCAGCCAAUUCCCACUGCUGGACAGGAAAAUGUUGUGGUAUCAUAUCCAGAGCACAGUGAUGUUAAGCAGUUGAAAACAAAGAAUCGAGAACUUGAAAUGAAAAUUAAAAAGUUUGAGACACAAAAUGUUCUUCAGAAGUCAUAUGUUGACUUUCUUGAAAAAACAAUCUGUGAUUUGAAAGAGGAACAUAGCAAAGAAGUGGAAACAUUGAAGGCUGAAAAUGAAAAUUUAAGAAAGGGACAAGGUGUAAAUGAUGAGUCUACAGGAGGACCUAAUGAGGGAGGGGAAAGUGUCAACAGCUCACAUGGGUCAUUUGUUAGAUCUGCUGUUAGUGCAAUGGAUCAGAAAAGCAUAACAAGAACAAGUGUUUCAACAGCAGAAAUUAAUGCUCCAGUGAACAAUUCUCUUGCAAUAGGUAGAGUUGAAGAUCAGCUGAGUCAACUUAGAAAUGAAGUAGCAGGUUUGAGAAACAAUAUAAAUUAUAAUAUAUCACCCGGUAUCAAUCUUGUGAGACCAUGUAAUCCUCCCUAUUUCCUUCUCAAACAGGGACUCAUGACACCAUGUAUCUUUCCUGAAAACAUGACUGGUUUAGUUAAUACUAAUCUUGCUCAGAAUGUACCAGUGAAAAUGUUUCAAAACACAGCUACCUUAAAUUUAUUGCCUUUAAAUUCUCAACAGAAAGUAUUCAAUACACCACCUGUUAGUUCUGCACAGUCCUGUGUAGCUAAGCAAAAUACUGAGAAGUGUGAUAAAGAUGAAUCUGACAUUGACAAAGGGAGAAACAAGAAGAAUGUUACUGACAAUUGUGACACCAAUUCAAAGAUAGGAAAUAUUGGUAUCAUCUCUAAUGUAGCAAAGGGAAUUAAAGAAUCAACAAGUAGCACACUUCCUACAGAUGUCACUGUGAGUGUACCUUGUAUCCAGACAGAAAAUAUUAAAGAUACUAUUGGGACAAAAAUGCUUUCAAAGGAAGUACAAUCUGCAGCUCAGCCAGAAGUUGUGCUUAAAUCGAUAAAGGAAAUACAAUCUGCAGCUAAGUCAGAAGUUGUGCUUAAACCAAUGCAGAAAGAAAAAGAUAAUACAGUUAAUGACAAUGAUGAAACCUGUCUAGAUAAUCCAGUAUCUCAAAUAAAAAAUCCAGAUAGUACUCCAGAAUCUUCCCAAAUCACAACUAACAUGUCCAUUAAGAAAUCAGAGAAUGGGGAUGUUAAUGAUAAAUCCACAAUUUUACAAAAGUGUGUGACUCGUUCAUUAAGCUCUGUCUCAAGUAGACCAACAUGCACUGUGGAGCAAAGCACAUCUGCAGUAGUCUCAAGCAAAGGACCAUGUGUUACUAGUUCCAUUGAAACAGCAAAUAGUAAAUUAAAAUCUUCAACAAGUAAUGUAAGUAGUAACACUACGAAUGUUCCGAACAUGCCCCAACCAAUUGUUGACAUGCUGCACACUACCCCAACACCAGUUUUAAUGGUACCAAACAAGAACUUCAUGAACCCGUUUAUUGUCCCUCAGAAUAUACCACUGGGAUUGAAUGUUCCAAGCAUUCCUGGUAAUUUAAGUAAAGAAUCUAGUGUACAUGACCAAAAGGAUCAGUUUGUAGUAGUGCAAGGUCCUACAGGUUGUUUUUUGCUUCCAAGGAGCAGCAUAUCAGGAUUAGAUCAAGUUCCUAGCACAAACACUUCAGCAUUUACAAACACAGUACCACUGAGUAAAAUUGAUGGAAUAUCUGGACGUACUGGAGUGCAGGAGAAGACCACAACAACAAUAGUGAAUGCUGAAACAAAAACAUGUUCAUCAAAUAAUGAAAAACUAUCGCAGAAUAGUUCUGUGGAUAAUGGAAAAAACAAAUCUAAACUUGAUUUUGGAAUGAAAUCAACAUCAGAAAAAGUAAAAGGUGAAAUAGGUCAAUUUCUGUUGGACAAACAAUCCACAGCUGGUACAUCAAUACCUUGUACAGUCCUGAAAGAUAGUAAAUCAGCAACUAAAGAAAGGUAUGCUGUAUCUAGAAAUUAUACAACCAAAACAAAUAAACCAAGUCCAGAAAUAUUGGAAGUCAGUAAAAAGGAGUUACUAUCACUUCAUGCAAAGUCGCUUUAUGAUAAAUAUAACGAUGCUACAGAGUCAGUCACUGAAACUCCUGGUCCUGCAAAGAAAAGAAAACUUGUAGUUUUGAAGGUUGAUAAAAAUAUGGAUAAAAGUGCAUUGAAUGAUUUUCUCAAGAAACAUAAAAUAUUUCUCAAAAAAGAAAGUAAGCCGGAUGGAACUGAUUAAAAGAAACAAUAAAAAUGUCUAACUGAAGAACGGGACCCGAUUAUUUUAAAGCAGUGGAAGUCGUAUUCAGAAAGAGGGACUUAAGAUUUAUAUUUUAACUUUGACACACAAUAUAAUUACAUAAAUUAUGAAAAACAUUUUUAGCUCGACUAUUCGAAGAAUAUGAGAGCUAUUGUAGUCGCCCCGGCGUCGGCGUCUGCGUUGGUUAAAGUUUUUUGUAAAGUCAAAUAUCUCAAUUAUUUCUUGAGAUAUUCAGUUG